CUGUUCGAUUCCAUCAAAAACAUUGAAAUUUUGACCUUUCCUUUAAUUAUGACUGUGACCUAUACGGCUAACGUAAACACCUCGAAGGUUAUAAGCAACUUUCUGAAAUUGCUUUUCAGAUGGCGUGGCAGCAUUUACAAGCUGGUUUGGAUAGAUCUGGUUAUCUUCUUUGGACUAUAUUGCUUAGUGGCCCUCUCCUAUCGAGCGCUUAUGACUGAAAAUGCCCAAAAGGUCUUCGAAGGCAUUGUAUACUAUUGCAGCACUCAUGGCAACCUCUUGCCGCUGUCCUUUGUGCUCGGCUUCUAUGUCUCCAUUGUGAUGGGCCGCUGGUGGCAGCAGUAUACGACCAUACCAUGGCCCGACUCUAUAGCCAUCUUGGUCAGCUCCAGCAUCCAGGGAUUCGACGAUCGGGCUCGGGCUAUGCGUCGAACCAUACUGCGAUACGUGUGCCUGUGCCAGGUGAUUGUGUUCACGAUGAUAUCGCCGAAUGUCAAGAAGCGAUUCCCAACCUACAGUCAGAUCAUCGAGUCCGGGCUGUUGUUGGAGAACGAAAAAGCCAUCAUCGAAAACUUGGACGUCGCCUUCCCCCAUUAUCCCAAGCACUGGAUGCCCAUUGUUUGGGCCGCAAGCAUUGUGAUGAGAGCCCGAAAGGAGAACAAGAUACGAGAUGAUUAUGCCGUCAAAACAAUCAUUGAUGAACUAAACAAGUUUCGCGGCUACUGUGGAUUCCUUUUGUACUAUGAUUGGGUCAGCGUUCCGCUGGUGUACACCCAAGUCGUUACCCUGGCCACCUAUACCUUCUUCCUGUUUAGUGUGAUCGGCCAGCAGUGGACACAAGUCAGUGAGACUGGAAGCGAGCCCAAUCGAGUCGUGCAGUGGUUUCCUUUCCUGACCAUUCUGCAAUUCUUCUUCUACAUGGGAUGGCUGAAGGUGGCAGAGUCGCUGAUCAACCCCUUUGGCGAGGAUGACGAUGACUUUGAGCUCAAUUGGAUGAUAGAUCGUAACCUGACAGUCUCCUAUCUGAUAGUCGACGAGAUGCAUCAGGAGCAUCCGGAACUGGUAAAGGAUCAGUAUUGGGACGAAGUCUUCCCCAACGAGCUACCUUAUGCUGAGGAUGCGAAGCGGACCGGCCCGCCCGAGGCCUCUACGGCCAAACUGGACUACAACAAAGUAAAUAGCUCGGAUCAAAAGGUGCAGCGAUUCUACAUAUCCCGAGACUCUACUACUACCAACAGGAGUGGGCGCGACAACUUUCUCAAUCAUAUUUUGGAUAGGCAGUCCACCAGCGCCAGUUUCGCGGACUACCAGCAUCAGAUGCCGAGCCGACUGACAUUCAAUGAGCCGACUCUGGCCGACUCGGAGGAGGAAAUAACAGGCCUGCGCAGACCGUCCAGAUCAGGAUCCGCUAGUCUGAAUUUUGAUGAGCUAAUCGAGCAGCGCCAUCAGGAGCGAAGGGAACGUAUGCGUCAUCGCUUCCUCAAUAUGCGGAGCACUCACACCCGUACAGGGCCAUCGGGGGGCUAUACGGUGACAGUGCUGCGUGCCCCCUCCGAAGAUGCGCUGGGUGAGGAAGAGAAUCCUUAGGCAAGAUAUGGCCUGGUAAUCAGUGAAGUGGCGUUGCAAAGAAAUCGAAAUGUCUUCCA